CUCUAUGUCUUCCACCAACAGCGGUAGUACUGUCGAGGAUCGCGACAUCCCCAAUCUCAGAGACCUGGCUGGUCAUCACACUGAGGAAGGUUUAGAAGUGUCUGAAGGGCUCUCCCGUAUCCUGGUGCUCGACUUUGGCUCCCAGUUCUCCCAUCUGAUCUGUCGUCGUUGCCGCGACAUUGGCGUUUACUCCGAGCUGAGGUCGUGCUUGGCCACCGUUGAGGAGAUCAAGAAGUUUGAUCCUGCGGGGAUUGUCCUUUCGGGUGGUCCGAGCUCAGUGUACGAUGAAGGCAGUCCUCAUCUGUCUCCUGAGGUUUGGAAGUGGAUUGACACCAAUAGGAUCCCGGUAUUGGGGAUCUGUUAUGGUCUACAGGAGAUGGUGUAUACUCAUGGUGGUAAAGUGGAACCUGGUAAGAAGAGAGAGUACGGGCAUGCAGUGGUCCACUUCAAGCAGGAUAAGAAAAGGGAAGGGCUGUUCACUGGCAUUGAUGGCAAUGCUACUCGGGUGUGGAUGUCCCAUGGGGAUAAGGUGACGAAGCUACCUGAGGGCUUUGAGGUGGUUGGCAAUACUGAUACAUGCGAACACGCUGUUAUACAGGCUACGGAUGGCAGGAAAAUGUUCGGUAUUCAGUUCCAUCCCGAAGUGACUCAUAGUGUUGAUGGUGCUGAGAUGCUCAGGGCGUUCUCGGUGGUUAUUUGUGGCUGCAAGCCUCAGUGGAAUAUGCAGAAUUUCGUACAGAAGGAGUUGGAUAGGAUCAAGCGUGUCGUUGGAGAUAAGCAUGUUAUUGCGGCUGUUUCGGGAGGUGUCGAUAGUUCAGUCGCCGCAGCGUUGGUGUAUAGAGCGCUGGGAGAUAAGUUCCAUCCCUUCAUGGUGGACACUGGCCUUUUGCGUAAAAAUGAAGCCGCUGAGGUGAAGGAGCGUUUGGAUUCGCAUCUUCCUGGUCUGAAUCUCCAAGUGUUGGACGCCAGUGAAGACUUUAUGACUAAACUGAAGGACGUGAAGGAGCCGGAGAAGAAGAGAAAGAUCAUUGGAGGUCUCUUUAUCGACAGCUUCGAGAAGGCCAUCCAUAACAUGAACUUGGAGCCUGAGAACUGCGUACUCCUCCAGGGAACUCUCUACCCGGAUGUGAUCGAAUCUACGUCCUAUAAGGGUCCUUCCACUACUAUCAAGACUCAUCAUAACGUUGGUGGUCUCCCGGCACGAAUGAAGAUGCAGAUCUUGGAGCCCCUCAGACUGCUAUUCAAGGAUGAGGUCAGGAAGCUCGGUCUUGAAUUGGGUCUUCAUGCUGAUUCGGUCAAUCGCCAUCCCUUCCCGGGACCAGGCCUUGCUAUCAGAAUCAUUGAUUCUGUUGAUAAGGAGAAGGCUGAUCUUCUACGUGAAGCUGAUGCUAUCUAUAUGGAGGAGUUGCAUGCCAGUGGAGAGUAUGACAACAUCGGUCAAGCGUUUGCUGUACUCCUUCCCACCGUCCGUUCUGUUGGUGUGAUGGGCGAUCAACGUACUUACGAGAGGACUCUCGUGCUCCGUGCAGUUCAGACCACAGAUUUCAUGACGGCUGAUUGGUAUCAGAUGCCCUACGACUUGUUGGGGCGUAUCAGUACUCGUAUUAUCAAUGAAUGCAAGGGCAUCAACCGUGUUGUGUACGACGUAUCUUCAAAGCCGCCGGCUACGAUUGAGUGGGAGUAGAUCGCAGUGAUGAUGACUAUGCUGAUGGUGUCUUUACGUAAAUAUGCAUAUUACCGCUCGAAUGAUGACGUCAAUAUACUAAGCAAGAAGAUUCUCUCUCUCUC